GCCCAUAGUGUUCAGGAGCUGGAGCCGCUUAGCCGUCUGCAUAGUCCGGCUCAGUCAGGCCCCCAAGUGGGAUACGAUAGAGGGUCCAGCAUGGCUCCCAAUGUUGCAGCUCCGGCGCCGGCCUCCUCCUCCAGCGUGGGCAUCAAUGCCAUCCUGCUGGGGCCUCCAGGCUCCGGCAAAGGCACGCAGGCCCCGAGAUUGAAGGACCGGUACUGUGUGUGUCACCUGGCCACGGGCGACUUGCUCAGGGCGGAGGUCGCCUCGGGAUCUGACCUGGGCAAGGAGCUCAAGAAAAUCAUGGAUGCAGGGAAAUUGGUUAGCAAUGAGCUGGUGGUGAGCAUGAUUGAGCAGAACCUCAACAAACCUGAAUGCAAGAAUGGCUUUAUCCUUGAUGGGUUUCCCCGUACAGUUGCACAAGCAGAGAAGCUGGAUGAGAUGCUGGAAGCCCGUAAACAGAAGCUGGAUUCUGUAGUGGAGUUUGGCAUUGAUGACAGCCUGCUGGUGCGGCGCAUCACAGGCCGCCUCUUUCACCCAGCCUCUGGCCGCUCCUACCACGAGGAGUUCUAUCCCCCCAAGUCUCCCAUGAAGGAUGAUUUGACUGGAGAACCCCUGGUUAGGCGGUCUGAUGACACCCCAGAAGUGUUGAUGAGAAGGUUAGGGGCGUACCAUGAGCAGACUAAACCCCUUGUUGGUUAUUACAGCAAGAAAGGCAUCCACACGUGGGUGGAUGCCUCGCGCCCGGCUGACGAAGUGUUCAACAACAUCAACACAAUCUUUGAAAAUGCUAAGAGUAAGGACCUAGUGAUGUUUAUAUAAGAACCAGAGUUUGCAGCAAGCCUGGGAACUCAGUAACAGUGACACAUGAUCUCUAUCGGUCCUCAAACAACCAGAUUUGACUGCCAUUAAUGAGUUAAAGAAAUUUGGAUAAGGAAAGGUGCAGUUGCUGUGUGUGACUGCCUUCAACCAGCGGACUAAACUGCCAGUGGUGUUAAGGUGGAUACCUGUGGAUACAAACACUAAAGAUAGAAUGUAAGGGAGCUUCGUCUAGCCGUAAAGUUGUCAAAAUUAACACCCAGCAUUUUUAUAUAUGUAUACCAUUUUAUAUAUCUUAUAUCUAUAUAUAAUGUAUAUAAACAAGCCUGUGUAUACAUAUGUACAUAUUUAUAUAUAUAUAUAUAUUCUUGGAUGUUCAUGUACAUAAGUAUUUUAUAGUCAAUAGUUGUGGAUUUUUCUCUUAGUUUUUGAAUUUCCAGAUUAUUGGAUGGCUCUUUGCUUUGAUAUUUAUCGAGUGUGGAGUGUGUACACGGUGCAGUUUCCCGUGAGUUAACAAACCUGUGUAGUCUUGUCUACAUAACAGAACCAAUGAAAUGUUGUGUGUAUAUUAGACCAGGUUAUGUCAGCAGACUUACACAAAGUGAUGACUUGUACAAAGUGCCCUUCUGCAAUAGUGGAUUUAGGAAGAGAAUUGCUUUGUUGUUUGUAAGAGUUGUGUGUUAAGCACAAAGUUUGUUCAGAGAUAUUAUCCUAUUUUUAUCCAUAUGGCAAAUGCUUGUCUAAGGGCCUGUGUGUGUAGAUAACCUGUUGAGGACUGUAAGAUCGUGUCACAGUAUCUGGUGGCUUGUAACGUUAAGGACCUAAGGAGAAAAAAAUAGACAUCAUAGCUUUGUCAGGUAGCUUAUUGCAUUAUGUCAAGUAGUCAAGACUGAGCUUCAGUACUUGUUAGGGUAGCUUGUAUGUGUUUGGGUUUGUGGAUGUACUUUGGAUUUGGUUGUGGAAAUUGUUUUGAAGAGUGAUGACAGCUUAACUCUGAAGCCAAGUAUGUUGACUAAUGCUGCUGAAGUGAAAUAAAAAUGAUGUUAUUAC